UUCCUGAGCUUUGAAGCUGGUGGUUCCCAAGCAGGAUAAGAUAGACGGAGAUAACUCUGUUUUUUCUGUAAUUAUUGAAGUUAGUUCAUUUCUUAUAACUUGAUUUCAUCUAGAAAAGGUGGACUAUAUUAUACAUUCGUUACAGAGAUCCGAUUUCAGCGACCUGGAUGAUAAUUCCGUCUUCCGAUCUUUCUGGAGAUUUAUUUUUGAGUCAGUUUAUAAUCAAACACUGGAGUCAAGAUGAGGACAUUAGUUCAAGCUGUCCGAGAAGUUCGGACUGCUUUGAGGCUUCAAGAAGGUGGCAGUUUCCUUAGUGCUAUGGGGAGAAGGCAAAAAUCUUUGGUUAAUCCAGUUCCUGUCACUGUAUAUGAGACCCUACACAAUGAUGAAAUUGAUAGAUACAAGCGUCACAUUAUGAUCUCAAGAGCCCUGCACACCCCUGCUGCCAAUUACACUACUGGAAUUCUUGGUUUUUCUGGUUUAUUAGCAGGUGCCGGAAGAGCAGGUCCUCUUGUGGAGUAUUAUCGAAGAAUUGCCGCACAGGAACUUGUAGAUGGUGAUCACUGCCAGGUUGUCACCUUAAAAGAACUUCAAAGACUGUAUGACGAACUUGUUCAGUAUGCGGAUGCCUGUCGAUUGGAUCGUUAUACAACCUCUGAUAAAGCUGGGAGGAGUAGGUGGUUGUGGUCCCGUUUCAUCCCACAGUAUUCUUACUCACCUGUCAAGGGACUUUACCUCUAUGGAGGAGUGGGCACCGGAAAAACUAUGCUCAUGGAUUUGUUUUUCGACCAAUUGCCAUCUAACUGGAGGAAGAAACGAACCCAUUUCCAUGACUUUAUGUUGAAUGUUCAUAGCCGUUUACAAAGGCACAAGGGUGUCGCUGACCCACUUGAAGUUGUUGCAGGAGAGAUAUCAGAUGAGUCAAUAUUAUUAUGUCUUGACGAAUUUAUGGUUACUGAUGUUGCUGAUGCAUUGAUAUUAAACCGCCUCUUUAGAUAUCUAUACAGCAACGGCAUUAUUCUUGUUUCUACUUCGAAUCGUGCUCCAGAUAACCUGUAUGAAGGUGGCUUGCAGAGAGAUCUUUUCUUACCAUUCAUUGCCACGCUGAAGGAAAGAUGUGCAGUUCACGAAAUUGGUUCUUCAGUGGACUAUAGGAAAAUGACUUCUGCUGAACAAGGCUUCUAUUUUGUUGGAGAAGAGUUGUCAGGCCUUCUUAAGCAAAAGUUUGAGCAGUUAAUUGGGGAACAUUCUGCCUGUCCACAAGAGGUGGAAGUUGUUAUGGGAAGGACAUUGCAGGUUCCACUGGGAGCUAAUGGAUGUGCAUAUUUUCCUUUUGAAGAUCUCUGUGACAAACCUCUUGGCGCUGCAGACUAUUUAGGAUUGUUCAAAAAAUUCCAUACAUUGGCAUUGGAAGGCGUGCCAAUUUUUGGGCUCCACAACAGGACAGCAGCAUACCGGUUUGUCACUCUAAUUGAUGUGAUGUAUGAAAACAAGGCCAGACUACUAUGUACAGCCGAGGGUACUCCCACUGAACUGUUAGAAAGAAUUGUUACCAUCUCUGAUGCCCAACACAUGGCACCUAGAACCUCUUCAAGAUCAAGGAAAAAUGAUGAUUCUGACAUUUGUGUAGACAAUGAGUUGGGAUUUGCAAAAGAGCGGACCGUCAGUAGAUUAACAGAGAUGAAUAGCAGAGAGUACUUAGAGCAGCAUGCUGCCAUGUUGGCUUCUGAGACGCAAAUCUCGGUACGAAAAGCAAAUGAAGAUGCUGUACAAGCCUAACACUGAGGAUCAUAUGACUUUGGCUAGCUCAAGUGAUUCAUUUUCUUUGGCAUGACUCGGUCGAGGGUCAAAGCAUCACUCAGAGAAGGAGAUGAUG